AUGAUGCAAACUAUACUAGGUAACAGGACAGAAAAUUAUUUCGACAUUAUAGACAAGGCGGGCAAUGGAGAAAAACCGAUAACUGUAAAUCAUUCAGUCGAGGUUGCACAUGAUAGUGAUACGUUAGAGAUCCACUUGUACUGGCCUGGAAAGGGGUCUACUGGUUACCGACCUAGUUUUAAUGGACCUCUAAUAUCAGCUAUUUCUGUGAAUCCUGAGUUUGAAAUUAAUCCCGACAAACUAAAAGGUCAACGUGUUGCAUUGAUUACGAUUGCUUCAAUUGUUGCUGCUCUGCUGCUUUUAUUGGCUUUUGCUUGGAGGAUGGGGUGGCUGACAAGCAAAGAGGUCCACAAGAUCAAAAUAGGUGUAGAAAAAAUAGAUGACGAGCUUCAAGAUAAAUUUGUCACCAUCAAAGAAUUAAUAAAGGCUACUGAAAAUUUUAGCGACAAAAAAAAACUUGGACGUUAUGGGACAGUUUAUAAGGCAAAACUGCAAGGUCACAUUGUGGCCGUGAAGAAACUAGAUCCCGCUCAAUUUAAGAAAAAAAUUGAAGACCUGAACAAGGAAAUUGGCACCAUAAGGUCAUUACAACACCAAAAUAUCCUCCAACUGUUGGAUGGUUUUUUUGAUAAAGACCUCCAACUUCUUGUUUACGAGUAUAUGGAAAAGCAAUCCCUUGCCGAUAUCUUAUUUGGCUCGAAUACUUCUAGCACAUUCAAGCUUGAAUGGAAUACAAGGGUUAACAUUUGCUUGGGAAUAGCAAAGGGUUUGAAUUAUCUACAUGAGCAUCCGAGAGUACAGAUUCUUCAUAGGAAUAUAAAAUCCGCUAAUAUUCUUCUUAAUGAAAAUUUUGAGCCUAAGAUAUCUGACUUUGGAUUUGCAAGUCUUUAUACCAAAGAAGAUAAGGUUAAGGUCAUCACAAGAGAAGUUCCGAAAGGCUACAUGGCGCCAGAGUGUUACCUUGAAACAAAUGAUAUAACGUACAAAGCAGAUGUUUACAGCUUUGGGGUGGUCAUGCUUGAAAUUGUUAGUGGGAAGAGAAACAUAUUGAGCAAACCAAACGAGGAAACUCAGGUUCUUUUAGAUAGGGCUUAUCAAGCACUUGCCGAAGGAAAUUUGAAGAGCUUGGUUGAUAAAAGUUUGUCUAAAUAUGAUGAAAAAGAAGCCCUCGUCAUUAUGAAAUUAGCAGUGUAUUGCACCACUCUAGGUCCUAGUGUCAGACCUAAAAUGUCUGAAGUUGUGAGUGUUCUUGUUCGCGAAAAAACCCUUGACGAGGUUUUUCCACCCGCCAAGCUCACUGGCGAUGGCAAUGUUGCUGGUUCCACCUCUUUGGGGAAGACUUCAGCAGCAUCAACUUCGUCUAAUGAUCACGGGAAAGUAUUUCUAGAUUGA